CCACAAUAACGACUGCUUCAACUACAACUACAGCAGCUACAACCACAACAACAGUAGCUCCAACAACAAUUACAACUGCUUCAACUACAACUACAGCAGCUACAACUACAACAACAGCUGCUCCAACCAAACCAAAGACUACUCCAACAACACCAACUACUCUUGUGACGACAACAACUACAACAACUGAAGCUCCUCCUCCAGUGUUUGUUGUUGCAGCAACUGUGGUUGAACCAUUUGUUGAAGAGCUAAAUGACAGACAUAGUGUGCAGUUCAAAGCUCUUGAAGUAAAAGUGAUAGCAGUGUAUGAUAUCAUCUACAGCGCAAGAUAUGGAAUUCUCUUCAUCCGGAGUUAUAUCAUUUCCUUCAAACCAGCCUUCACCAGAUUUCGAAUGAAUGGUACUCAAGCAGAGGUGGGCGUAGAGUUCAAUAAAUCCACACCAGCUGAGACAAUCCCAAAGGCUGAAGAUGUUCAAGCAACACUGAAGGAGGCUGUGAAUAACCCCAACUCCACUUUGAAUGUCACAUUCGACGUGAAUUCCAUUCAAAUAAUAAGUGUACCUGCAACUUCAGCCCCAAUAGUUUUGCAAAAUACAACAACUACAACUAAUGAAACUGCUGCCAACAUCACUACCGGAGUGGCAACAACAACGCCUGGAACGUCAACUGCCAGCAAUGCAACAACUACAACUAAUGAAACUACUGCAAACAUCACUACCGGAGUAGCAACAACAAAACCUGGAACGUCAACUGCCAGCAAUGCAACAACUACAACUAAUGAAACUACUGCAAACAUCACUACCGGAGUAGCAACAACAAAACCUGGAACGUCAACUGCCAGCAAUGCAACAACUACAGCAGUUACAACCAUUACAACAAAAACCACAACUGUGGUGCAAACAGUAAGGCAGCUGACCUUUAGGUCUCCCGGAGAGACCUUUACAACUGAUUUGCUCGACUCAACCUCAACAGCAUUUAAAAACCGAGCUUCACUUUUAAAGUCAACUCUUGAACCAUUCUACAAGCAAUCAUUUUCUUCAUUCAGUGAUCUAACAGUGAAGUCUUUCAGAAGCGGCUCAAUCAUCAAUGAAAUGGAGCUUCGAUUUGUAUCUGCAUCUGCUCCUACUGGCUCCGAAAUUGCACAAGUUUUGGUCAAGGUGGCUUCAAACAUCACUGCCUUCACCGUUGAUGCUGCUAGUAUUUUCGUCGAUGGCACACAAGUGUCAAGUGGAGUAAGCCACAAGAUCAGUCUCAUCAUGGCUUUCUGCAUGGUCCUGUUGUCACGGAUGCUGUCAAGCCAACACUAACAUCUCUGCUAAUUUCUAGUGGAUGAUCUGCUUAAAAAUUAUUCUAAGUGGAAACCACCCAA